AUGGAGAUACUACCGUAUCUCGACGCAGAAUGCUUGGAAAAUAUUCACAUUCAUAGGAACGCAGGACUUAAUGAAGAAUGUACUAUUGAACUAGAUGAACUGUCGAAAACUGAGCAAUGGAGCAAGGCUAAAAGACUGUGGAUAACCAAGUCAACUGUUCGGAUGUCAAUUCAAGAUAUGAAUAUUUUGAAUUUUGAGAUUAUUGAUAUCACUGUGGAAACAAUGUCACAGGAGGAUAUUAAUUAUUGCAGAAAAAAUCUAACUCGACCUUCAGUAAUUUGGAACUUCCAAAUCCGCAUCAAAAACUGUGCGACUGCCGACUUUCUUGCAGCCCUGGGAGAACCUUAUCGAGUAGUCAGCAACAUAAAGUAUAUAUGGUAUUUCCGGAUUGGGAACACCCGGAGAUAUCUUCAUGUGAUGCUUGGACAUGUCCCACUUCAAGCUGCAGGCCGUUUGCAGUUUACGAACAUCUCGAGGUUCGACACUCCAUUCUUUUGA